AUUGCCAUACUAUUUCAAUGAAAUUGCAAAAGGAAUUAAUGUGUUUUGGGGAAGUUGUAGCAAUUAUUCUGAAAUUGUUUUCCAAGCCAACUUGUGAUAGUAUAUUUAUAUAUUACAUGUCUAAGCUAAGAGAAAAUGGGUAAUCUUUUCUGUUGCGUACAAGUUGGCCAGUCUACAGUAGCCAUCAAGGAGAGAUUUGGCAGGUUUGAGGAUGUUCUUGAGCCAGGAUGCCAUUGCCUACCAUGUUUUCUUGGAAGUCAGCUUGCCGGCCACCUGUCACUAAGAUUGCAGCAGUUGGAUGUUCGUUGUGAGACAAAGACUAAGGAUAAUGUAUUUGUCAAUGUUGUUGCAUCUAUUCAAUACCGGGCACUGGCAGAUAAGGCAAGUGAUGCCUUCUACAAACUCACCGACACAAGGAAGCAGAUUCAAUCCUAUGUUUUUGAUGUUAUUAGGGCAAGCGUUCCAAAGCUAAAUCUAGAUGAUGUUUUUGAACAAAAAACUGAAAUUGCUAAAGCUGUUGAAGAAGAACUUGAGAAGGCUAUGUCUGCGUAUGGGUAUGAAAUUGCUCAAACACUUAUUGUGGACAUAGAACCUGAUGUGCAUGUGAAGCGCGCAAUGAAUGAAAUCAAUGCUGCCGCAAGGAUGAGGGUGGCAGCUAACGAGAAGGCAGAGGCAGAGAAAAUUCAGCAAAUCAAACGAGCUGAAGGUGAGGCCGAAUCUAAGUACUUGUCAGGGCUGGGUAUUGCUCGCCAGCGACAAGCUAUUGUUGAUGGGUUACGAGAUAGUGUGCUUGGAUUCUCUGUUAACGUACCUGGGACUACUGCAAAGGAUGUCAUGGACAUGGUCCUGGUCACCCAGUACUUUGACACCAUGAAAGAAAUCGGUGCUGCUUCUAAAUCUUCGGCUGUGUUCAUCCCUCAUGGUCCUGGAGCUGUUCGUGAUGUCGCCACUCAGAUUCGCGAGGGACUCCUCCAGGCUGCACAUCAGUAGCUAAUACACUUAUACUGGGUUUUGCUUAAGGCCAGCAUGCUUUUUUUUUCUUUUUUCCGGACACUAAUUAGUUUUGGUAUUUGUCUGUUUAGUUCUUGGUGCCAUUUUGUUUAGCUGUGGUUGCUUUUUUUUUUUUUUUUGUAUAUAUGUUAUGGCCCUGAAAGGGGUUGUGAAGAACAUUGGGUGCAUAGUUUUCUAUAAAGUAGAUUUUAAGA